CCGAUCCUUCCCGGUGCCUCCUGCCGGAGGAGGGGGCGGGGGGAGGCGGGGGGGUCCCCGCCAUGGACCCCCGGCCCCUCAACGAAUCGCUGCAGCAGAUGAUCUGCCGCUCCGGGAACGGCACCGGCAACGGACCCGGCACCGGCAACGGGACCAACGGCUCGGUCUGCGACCUCCUCCGCAGGGGCCUCCGCGGGCCCCCGGCGCCCAGAGAGCUGGACGUGGCAGUGCGUGUGGUGCUGUACGUGCUGAUCUUCGUGCUGAGCGUUGGGGGCAAUGCGCUGGUGGUGGCUGUGCUGGCACUGAACCGGCGAUUGCGCACCGUCACCAACUGCUUCCUGCUGUCCCUGGCACUGAGUGACCUGCUCCUGGCACUGUGCUGCAUGCCCUUCACCCUGCUGCACGGCCUCAUGGGCGCCUUCAUCUUCGGCGACGUCGUCUGCAAGCUCGUCGCCUACCUCAUGGGGGUCUCGGUGGCCGUGUCCACCUUCAGCCUGGUGGCCAUCGCCAUCGAGCGCUACAGUGCCAUCUGCAACCCGCUGCAGUCGCGCGCCUGGCAGACGCGGUCCCACGCCUGCCGCGUCAUCGCGGGCACCUGGGCCCUGGCGGCGCUGCUGAUGCUGCCCUACGCCGUGUACAGCACCACGCGCCCCGCCGCCCCCCGCCCGCCCCCCGCGCAGUGCACGCACCACUGGCCCAGCGAGCGCGUCCGGCAGGUCUGGUACGUCCUGCUGCUCCUCGUCCUCUUCUUCAUCCCAGGCGUGGUGAUGACGGUGGCGUACGGGCUCAUCUCCCGCGAGCUCUACCGGGGCAUCCGCUUCGAGCUGGACAUCAAGAGGGAGGUGGCAGCCCAGCGUGGCAUUGGGGGCGACCCGGUGCCCACCUGCGAUGAAGGUGACGGGUGCUACCUGCAGCUGUCACGUCCGGGUGCAGCAUUGGAGCUGCGGGCGCUGGGGGCGGCCGCACAGCAAGACCGGGCACGCAUCAACAGCUCGGGGGCCCAGCUGGCGGCCAAGCGGCGCGUGAUCCGCAUGCUGGUGGUCAUCGUGGCCAUGUUCUUCCUCUGCUGGCUGCCCAUCUUCGCCGCCAACACCUGGCGUGCCUUCUCCCCGCGGGCAGCCCAGCAGGCACUCUCGGGGACCCCCAUCGCCUUCAUCCACCUGCUCUCCUACACCUCGGCCUGCGCCAACCCCCUCAUCUACUGCUUCAUGAACCGCCGCUUCCGCAAGGCCUUUGGGGCCACCUGCGCGGGCUGGGGGUGCCGCCGCACCUGCUCCCGCCGCCCGCCCGAGGACGAGCCCCCCAUGGCCAGUGCCUCGCUCUCCAAGUUCAGCUACACCACCGUCAGCAGCCUGGGACCCCCCUGAGCCGGCAACCCCAAGCUGGAACUCCCCUGAGCCCUCCAACACUGGUGCCUGGGGCCCGGGUGAGCAGGACCCCCAUGAGCUCCCCACGGCCAGCACCUUUCUCUGCAAGUUCAGCUACACCAUCCUCAGCAGCCUGGGACCCCUGAGCUAGACCCCCUUAGACCCCCUAAUGCCACUGCCAGGGCCGCUCCCCGAGCUGGCACCCCCAACAGGACCCCCCGAGCAUGAACCCCUGCCCUGCAAGCACCCUCGUGCUCCUCGUCCCGUGCUCCCACAGCCUCCCGCCCUCCCGGGACAGCCUUGCCCACCAUCCCAGCUCGGUCCCCGAGCCCCGGCUGGGUGGGGGCGAGGGGCGGGCGGGAGGAGCCUUGGGGCUGGGCAGGUCGGAGGCUGAGGGAGGUCGAGGCACCCCCAGCCCAGCUCAGCCCGGGGUCUCCCCGCGCUGCUCCCCGGCUACGGUGACAAUAAACUGACC